AUGGUUAAAGCAGUUGCCGUCGUCCGAGGAGAUUCCAAGAUCACUGGACAAGUGACCUUCGAGCAAGUCUCGGAGUCCGCUCCGACUACCAUCUCCUGGGACAUCACCGGUCACGACCCCAAUGCCGAACGUGGCAUGCACGUCCACCAAUUCGGAGACAACACCAAUGGAUGCACCAGCGCUGGCCCUCACUACAACCCACAUGGCAAGACUCACGGCGGCCCAACCGACACUGAACGCCAUGUUGGUGACCUUGGCAAUAUCAAAACUGAUGCUCAAGGAAACUCCAAGGGAAGCCUUAGCGACAGCUUUGUCAAGUUGAUCGGCGAACACAGUGUGCUCGGACGCACCAUCGUCGUCCACGCUGGUACCGACGAUCUCGGCAGAGGCGGGAAUGAGGAGAGCAAGAAGACCGGCAAUGCCGGUCCUCGACCGGCCUGUGGCGUCAUCGGCAUUGCUGCAUAA